AUGCUAGUACCUGAGAUCGUACGAGAGACCCAUGAUCUGAUCGAGCAGGGUGAACUGCUUCAAGCUCACCGCAAGCUAAUGGACCUGGAGUGCUCCCGCGACGACCUCAUGUACGAGCAGUACCGCAUGGACAGCAAGAACGUCCAUGACAUGAACCUCAUUCGUGGCUACUUCGGCCAGGUGCAGGGCCUGUCGGAGGAGCUCUCCAAACAACUCUGGAUGGUCCUCCAACGCGCCAUGGUCACCGUCCGCCGCGACCCCACCAUGCUGGUGUCUGUGGUCCGAAUCAUCGAGCGUGAAGAGAAGAUCGACCGCAGGAUGCUGGACCGUAAGAAGCAGACCGGGUUCAUCCCACCCGGGAGGCCCAAAUGCUGGAAAAAUCGAAUGAACGAAGUCCUAGAGGGCACCGUGAGCGCUCGCAUCGAGGGCACGCAGUCAGAAACACGUGAGUCUGACAAGAUGUGGCUGGUGAGGUUGCUGGAGAUCACUAGGAAGUACAUCCUGGAUGACCUGACCGUGGUGAAGAAUCUGAUGGUGCAGUGCUUCCCGCCACACUACAACACCUUCCAGGUGUUCUUAGACCUCUAUCAUAAAUCAGUGUCGGCACGUGUGCAGGAACUCGCAGCUGAAGAUCUGGAAGCCAAUGAGAUCGUGUCUCUUCUUACAUGGGUCCUCAACACGUAUAAAAGUGGUGACAUGAUGGCUCAUCCUGAUCUGCAGCCUGAGUGUGACGUCAAGCAGCUGGAGCCGCUGCUGCCCCAACACGUGGUGGAUGAUUUGCUGGGCAAAUACCUCAAAACCUUUACUUCAAACAUCACAGGCUGGCUGCGCAAAGCUCUGGAAACAGAUAAGAUGUUUGAGCAGAAUCUCCAGGUGGCCGCGCAGAUCAACGAGACCUUUAAAGAGCAGGUGCUGAGAGUCUGUCUAAAGCAGAUGAACUCAUUCCUAGUAAGGUACCGAGAGGAGGCCAUCAACUAUAAGGAGGAACAUCUGAAAAAUCGUCAGCUACCGCAGUGCUACGUUCAGUACAUGAUCGCCAUUAUCAACAACUGUCAAACGUUCAAAGAGUCUAUAAAUAGCCUGAAAAGGAAGUACUCUCAGUCGACUGAACCCACUCAGAACGACGCCGCCAUAGACAAGCUCCUGAACGAGGUGGCCAGAGAGGGCUGCCAGUUCCUGCUGGAUGAAGUCUUCCUGGAUUUGGAGCGUCAUCUUAAUGAGCUGCUGACCCGGAAGUGGUUGACAGGGACUCAUGCUGUAGACACCAUCUGUGUGACCGUGGAAGACUACUUUAACGACUUUGCCAAAAUUAAAAAGCCUUAUAAUCAGGAAAUGACGAGUGAGGCUAAUCGGCGGGUGGUGGUGGAGUAUCUGAAGGCCAUCAUUCAGAAGCGCAUCUCGUUUAAGAACGCCGAUGAGAGGAAGGAGGGAGCCGAACGGAUGAUGAAAGAAGCAGAGCAGUUCAAAUUCCUCUUCAGGAAACUUUCUGCUGGAGAGGACACAGACCGGCUGUGUGACGCCAUCGCUGCCAUCGCAGAGGUCUUCAAACUGACCGAUCCUGCGCUGCUCUACCUGGAGGUGUCCACCCUGGUGUCUAAAUAUCCUGACAUCAGAGAGGAGCACAUUGUGGCCCUGUUAGCAGUCCGUGGAGAUGCCAGUCGAGAAAUGAGACAGAUGAUCAUAGAGACUCUGAACCAGAACAAACCAUCCUCUUCCUCUGUGUCUCAGCCUGUCUUCAGAGACAUCACUGUGCCAUCCAUCACCAUGACCGCCAUGACCUCUAUGGCUGUUCCCAAACUGCUGAAAUAAUCAGACCUUUGACCACUAGAGCCUUUACUAAGCCGCUAACAGGCCACCGAAUGGAGUAUCGGCUCCAUUGAUGCACUUUGGAAAUAUAUUCUCUGCCAUCUCAAUGGAUGACGAUGUGCACUUGAAUGGCAGCAGCUUGUUGAGACUGCAGAUGCUUAGACGAUUUAUGAUGACUUGAUGUACAGAAACAUUUUCAGGAUUUAGUUUUUCCCUAGCCCGCCCUUUGUAAAAUGAUUGAAAGAUGAAUUAAAACAGUAGUUCACCCAAAAGCAAAAGUUGUCAACACUCAGACUCGUGCCGUUCCAAACCCUUCUGAUUUUUUGGGAGUUAUUUUUCCAUAUAAUGCAGCUAUAUUGUAGUUAAUGGAUGUCAAGCUUUAGAAAGACAACAUAAGUGUGGUCCACACAAGGUUGUGCACUAUAUUCCAUGUCUUAUAAAGCAUGAUGGCUUUUCGUGUGAAACAAAGUAGCUACAAAAGCAGAACCUUUCAAAUUACAUUUACUCUCACAUUAUGUUUCAAAUAUGGCAAUACAGAUACACCAGGUUUGUGAGUGUAGUCAUCGAUGUCAAACCUACUGGUGACAAAUAGCAACUUAUUUUGUCUGUUAAUCACAUAAAAACUCGUAUAUGUUCAGUAGAAUUAGAAUAUAGUAUAUAGUGCAAUUGACAGAAUUUUUAUUUUUGGGUGAACUAUCCCUUUAACAAAUCAUGAGGUUGCAUUCAGCAGCGUUUGUGUGUACAUAAUGCACAGUUGAAUUUCUUUUUCACUACAGUGCGACACAUUUAAAGCAUCCUGCUGGCUGCUGUCAUGAACUGUAACGAACCACUGAACUCCAUCACGUCUGUUUUCAUUUCGAUCAAAUCUGGGUUAACACUAAGCGAUCGAAAUGAUUUACGACGUUGGAUUAAACUACAGGUCACCUCUGUUUAUACGCACACGCAUGCCCUGGAUCUGCCAGCUCGAGAGGAGGCGCAGGAAACUGGCCUGACUAUUUACAUUUGUAAUCUCUCUUCUCAUUGGCUGAGCUCAAGAUGAGGGGAGGAGCUCUGAGGGAUUCUCACCCGCUUCAGUUUACUUCAGCCACACAAGCAGCGCUGACUGUAGGAUGACAUGUAAUUGAUGCAAUUUUGUUGAUUAUACAAAGCAAUGUUUUUGAUUUGCUGUGUUUAGAUUGUAGUACUAGCAUAUUGCUUACCGUUUUAUUUUAAGAAUGAAUAUGUGAAACUAUGUAGUACGUCGUGAACGCUUCAAACAGCUGCUUCGCUGUCACGUUACCUCAGUAUGUUUCAUUUAGACAACUGCGUCCAGUUAUCUUAAAAUACAAACCGUUUUCAUAUUUUAAAGGGACAGUUCACCCCCAAAAUGACAAUUCUGUCAUCAUUUAC